AACUUCCAGCAAGAUCAGAUUGAGAUCAUCGCUGCCUCAAAAUGCUUGCAGCCAACGGGUUAAAUUUUGCAGUCUUUUCGAUAUUUUUUCUUCUAUUGGUUUGCAAUAUUGGGACAAACUAUGGUGAGGAAAUAACCAAAGAUGUCGGAUCAUUCGAGCCAAGUAAACUAACAUUUUGGGAACGCAUUGUGAGCGGUGUGAAGAACUAUCCCUGGAAAACGGACAAAAUAGAGAAGGAAAGCAAGGAAACUGCUGAAAGGAGAGCCGUUUUUUGGCAAAGGCUUACGAUGGCCACAGUUCUAUAAGUUUUUCUAUUUUGUUUGCCCAUACUACUGUUUUAAUAGAGUAUUAGCUUGGAAUAAUAAAGUGAAAACAAUUUUGGAAGCACACAUUGUUAAAAGAGAUUAGUAUAUAUUUGUUCAACACAGAAAAUGCCUUCCCCUUUAAAUAAAUAACUAAAUGAUAUAGUUUUUGACUGUG